AUGUCAUCAAUAACUUCCCUAGACGCCCAGUCCGCCGCCCGCAAGGAACGCCUCGCCCAGCUGAAGUCUCUAAAGCGUAAACAACCCCUGAUAGACCCCUCGCCGCCACAAGAAGUCUCGAUGACAACGGACGAUCCGGAAAACCCGGAAAAGGAUACGAAUGUUCACCUCUCGGGCCGGAAUUAUGACAUCGAGUCACGGGCACCGAAAAUGGGGUUUGUGUCGGCGCCCAAUGAAGGACAGGAGACCCUGGAGGGUGCAGCAAUGAAGAUAGUCGAGACUACGAAGGCUUUGCAAAUGGAGGACGAAAAGAACGACAAGCCAAUCGAUCUAUUCAAUCUCCAGCCGAAGAAACCGAAUUGGGACUUGAAGAGGGACGUGGAUAAAAAGCUGGAGAAGUUGAACCAGAAGACGGACAUUGCGAUUGCGAAGAUUAUUCGAGCUCGGAUAGAGGAAGCGCGGCAGAAGAGAAUUGGCCAGAGCAGGGGGGGGGAUGAGACGGAGGAUGUUGAAGGAAAUGUAGCUUCUAUUGUACAACAAAGAGAAAAGGAAAGGGAGGGAGAAACCAAUACCGAGGAUGCCGACAGUGAUGAGGGGGACGCUCCAUGAUACGAUGCGGAGGAAAGGCUUUCUUUUUUACUAGCUCAUAGCAUCUGUAUAGCUAAUGCGAAUCCCUUGUUUGAAGGGGAUACCACAG